UUUAAUCUUUUGUUAUCUUUUGUCAACAGAAUAUCAAUAUAAAAAUAGUGUUACUGCUGAACACAUGCAGUUGGUUGAAGUUCUCUUGAUUGAACACAAAAGAGAAGAUGGAAGAUAAUAAUAAAGAUAUCAAUAAUUGGCUCGCAGUGACGAGGUCCAGGAAUGGAAAGUGGUGGUACAGUGCUUUUCACAAUGUCACUGCUUUGGUUGGUGCUGGAGUACUUGGAUUUCCCUAUGCCAUGUCUCAACUUGGAUGGGGUCCUGGCAUCACGGUUUUGGUGCUUUCGUGGAUAUGCACGUUAUACACGGCAUGGCAGAUGAUUGAGAUGCACGAGGCUGAGUCUGGGAAGAGGUUUGAUAGGUACCAUGAAUUAGGGCAAUAUGCCUUCGGAGAGAAACUAGGUUUAUGGAUUGUGGUGCCUCAAACACUCAUAGUGGAUAUUGGCACAGAUAUAAUUUACAUGAUUACUGGUGGAAAUUCCUUGAAGAAGGCCCAUCAGAUUCUUUGCAAAGACUGUAAGCCAAUUAGGACCACUUACUUCAUUAUGAUCUUUGCAAGCCUUCAGUUUUUCCUCUCGCAUCUCCCCAGUUUCAAUUCCAUCAUUGGUGUAUCUAUUUCUGCAGCCGUCAUGUCCAUCUGCUACUCAACGAUUGCAUGGACAAGUUCGGCUCAUAAAGGUGCCUUACCAGAUGUGAAAUAUGAUGGAAGAUCUUCAACUACGACAGGGAACGUUUUCGACUUCUUCACCGGUUUGGGGACCAUAGCAUUUGGGUAUGCUGCACACAAUGUGUUACUUGAGAUCCAAGCAACAGUUCCUUCGACGCCAGAGAAGCCUUCAAAGAAGGCCAUGUGGAAGGGAAUGAUUGCUGCUUACAUUGUUGUGGGUUUGUGUUACUUCCCUGUUGCAAUCUUUGGCUACUGGGCUUUUGGAAACUCUGUUACUGAUAACAUCCUCAUGUCCCUCGAUAAACCCCAUUGGCUCACCGCCGUUGCCAAUAUGUUUGUGGUUAUUCAUGUCACCGGAAGUUAUCAGGUGUUUGCUGUUCCGGUGUUUGACAUGAUGGAAUCAAUCAUGGUGCGGAGAAUGAAUUUCAGGCCAACCUGGUACCUUCGUUUCAUUUCCCGCAAUAUUUAUGUUGCACUUACUAUGCUAGUUGCAAUUAUAUUUCCGUUUUUUGGUGGGCUCCUUAGCUUCUUAGGAGGACUUGUCUUCGCUCCAACCACAUACUUCCUCCCUUGCAUAAUAUGGCUAGUAGUCUAUAAACCAAAGAGAUUUAGCGGAUCCUGGUGUGCAAAUUGGUUUUGCAUCGUAUUUGGAGUAUUAUUGAUGGUUUUAGGCUCGAUUGGCGCAAUGAGGGAGAUCAUUAUGCAAGCUAAGGACUACAAAUUUUUCUCUUGAUCUUUUUUGGCACAAACGAGGUUGCGUCAACGAUGAUGUUACUUUGAAUAUUAUUCAUCACAUUUAUUCAUCUAUUUCUUUUAGCCCUUUAGUCAAAUACCUAGUUAACUAUUUUAGAAAAACACUUUUAUUAAGUGAAGUAUAUUAUUAGAAGAACAGACUAAUUUCAUUUUAAGUAUGGUCGAACUUCCUUUUCAGCUUUUAAUAGGUUAUUUCAUUAGAGUAGAAUCCAUAUUCCUUUCCCGCAAAAGUUUGGGAACCAAGAACAAAGGUAGAUAGUAUAAUGAAAGAUUUUAUAAUUGUCUUUA